AUGAAUUUCCAAGGCCUCGGCCACGACUAUGUCAGAAAGAACCGCUCCGAUUACACCUAUAGAACAUACUCUUCGAAUGCGACUGCUCCCACUUCGGCUUCGCAGAUCACCGUCAUCCACGCUCCAUUAAAACAGAGAUCGGAGGAGUCGGCACCGCCAAGUCCUCCCACCGUUGUACCAUAUCUUCCUUCUCCUCCCUCGACUCCCGAGCCGGACAGCCCAGUACCAACAAGGCGACCACAACGAACACGGCCUCGGGCACGGGCUCGGCCUCAGCCUCAGCAACGGCGACGGGCUCCUACAUAUCAUGUUGCCCGAGAGCCUGUAGUAGACCCUCGACCGAUUGUUCGCUUCCAUCCCAACCAAGUCACCAUGACCGCUUCACCACCGCCGACGACCGACUGGGUAGUCUCGGAUUUCCGAGACGAGCUUGUCAGAAAUGUCGAGACAUCCGUUACACCAGGCGUAGACAGCACGCCGUACAUCAUUCAUGCCUUGGAAACCAUGACGCAACCAAGAGACGAUGGCCGCAUUAUGUCUGCAGCUCGUUCCUCCUCCACCAGCCAGGCCACAAACCCAAUACUGAGAUAUCUUCCCUCGUCGAUACCGGGUCUCUUCCAGCCAAAGGCCGCUUACAUCCCGGUGUCUACUGCUGAUCCAGACCCAAAUGCCCCGCGCAACAUUUUGACCCCCGAGGAAGAAUUGGCGGCAUUGCGUCGUCACCGGAAACGGACCAAUUCCGAGGAUCCGCAAGCCAACCAACCAAUGCUUCCGCUUGGACGACGACCAAGCUGGCUGCGGCCGCUUUCAAGUGGCACUAUCAGAGUGCCGUAUUCAGUAUCCAGCAAUGAGGACGAUGGCCAUCCUUGGGGCCCUGAAGAUGUGAUCAAGUUUGUGGAUCGAAUGGACGAAUUAGAGCAAACACCCCCGCCGAGACGGUCCCCGCGGGAUAUCGACAACUGGCAGUCUCAGAGUGAUGUCUUCACGGAUGAUCCCGAAAUGGCAUCAAUGUUUCCUCGUCUUGAUUACAAGCCCUGGACCUUGCGCCUGCCUUGUCUGUUCAUAUUAGCUGGACUAUGCGUUUUGAUGGUUGCAGCACUCAUAUUUUGUGCCAUCUUUUCUGAUCGCCAGCAAGGUCUCAUGGCCUACAGUGGCACAAUCUAUGACGGCGGCUACUUUCUUUUCCGGAUAUUCCCUCAGUUUCUGGCCGCGCUGAUACUUCUUUACGCCCAAAUCGUUAUCACGGCUGCGUUCAGGGUCUUGCCUUUCUCAGCAUUGGCAGCUGAAGAUGUACGAUCACGACGAAAUGUGGGUUUCUUGCCCCUAUAUCCCAAGACGUUCUUGUGGCCGCAGUAUGUCAGCACCUGGCGAGUUCGAAUACCCAUCAUCAUGACUUGGCUUUUGAACUUUACAAUACCCUUGCAAAGUUGCUUGUUCACAGUUGUAUAUAUCGAAGAGCAGUGGAUUUGGUGCACCGUACAAGGUGUGGCCUGGGUUCUUGUCGCCCUGUACGUCUUCAUGUUGUUAGCGACAUUGCUUUUGGCAGGCUUUUGGCAUCAUCGAAGAACUGGUCUGGGGCCGAAGUGGGAUAUGCGAACACUUGCCGACAUCAUCGCCCUCCUCGCACCAAGCAAUUCUGCACAGCAGUUUUCGGGAACGGAAAAUGCAGUGAGACGGAACGACAUGAGACACAUGCUCUUCAGCAAUAUUGAGCGCCUUGGCUAUUGGCGUUCUCCAGAGGCACCGGAGCUAAACCUCUGGUAUGGCAUUGGUUCUCCGGCUCACGACGAGAAGGUCAAUUUCGAAUCACUGGGCGACUAUGUGCAUGAAAAGGGCCCCCGCGGAGCGCCACCAAACGUGAUGCCGUCUGCAGGAGGUAUACGCAACCGCUAUCUGCCGUGGUGCUUUCGAGACACGCAGGUCAGCUUUUGGGCUGUUGCAACCGGUAUUCUUCUCAUCACCUUGUUCGUUAUUUGUUUCAACCCCAAAACGGAUAUUCGAAGCGGCUUCGUGCCCCUCAUCAGCGCUGCACCCAUACCAGGCGCGUUCUCGGCUGCCAAUUUCCUGUACUCUUUCGUACCAGCGUUGCUAGGAAUGAUCAUCUUCCUCGUCUUUCAGUCUCUUGAUCUGACGCUGCGCAUCCUCACACCUUGGGGGGAGCUUUCACGCGUAGAAGGUUCCUUGGCCAGGAACUCAAUUUUGCUCGACUACGCCGCUUGCCUCCCAUUGGAGUCGACGUGGAAGGCCCUCAAGCACGGCCACUGGAAAGUGGCGUUCAUCUCACUGUUUGCAACAUUUUCGUUUCUGAUACCUGUUUUGGCUGGAGGCAUGUUCAUGGCGCUGACAGCACCUGAUCAUAUCGUACGAAUGUACCCUAAUGUCCCAGUGCUAGCAAUCAUCCUCACUUUGCUCACCCUCAUGUUGUUGGCUCUUGUUGCUCUCAUCUUUAACAGAGACCAAUUUCGCUUGCCGCACGCUGUCACGUGCUUGAAUGAAAUCAUCAGCUUCUGCUACGCCGAGGAUCUACGGGCCGACCCGGCUUUUCAGUGGGCUCAGAGUCACCGACUGCUCAAGAUGAAGCUUGGAGCGUACAUGGACAAUGCAGAGCAAAGCAGAUGGUUCUUCAGUGCUGGCUACGGCAAGAAGGGCGCGCUCGGUAUUCGACGUUAUGGGAGAUACACUGGCGAUACCCCCUAUGUCCAAGCUGCCAAGCGCCGAGCCCGAGAAAAGCGCGAAAUGGCCGGUCGAAUUUUGAGGCGAGCGGCGGAAAAGGAUUUGGCGAUCGAUCGGCAGCGCCAGUACGAAAUAUCCAGACCAGUGCCCAAGGGCAAUUCGACCAUGAUUUCGCCAUGA